GAUACAAAAUCUGAUAUAGCUGAUAUCGUAGUCGGUUUAAACCACCUAUAAUUCUUUAUAUGUUGUAUUUUUUAUAUUUGUCUGUAAUGAAAAAAGAGAAGUUUAAAAUAUAAUCAAGGAAAUGUUUUUAUUAUAUUUUGCUCAACUUUUUUGCAAUCAUUGCUGUGAAAAAAAUAACAACAAAAAAUAAUCAAAACAAACUAUAAAAAGAAAGCAAUUUUGAACUUAAAGUGGUGAAUAUAUAAGAAACCCCCCGAAAAAAACCAUAAAAAAAUAAAACGGAAAAGGAAGUUUUAAUACUAGACACACACAUUCACACAUCCAAGCAUAGCAAGAUGAAAUCCAUCUUCUUUAAAGUAACGUUUGUUAUUUUUAGCUUGGCCCUUUGCCAAAGCAUACCCUCCACCACCGCCAACCAAAAACUCAACUCAUCCAUCUCCAUCAGCAAUACAACCAACAUUAAGAAUGCAUCACUAGCAACAGUAACAAUAUCCACGACAAAUGCUACAACAAAUACCACUGACAAAUACCUUCAUUCCUCCGUUUAUGAAGCUCAUGCUACAAAGGCAUUGAAUACGGCCAUUAAGCGCAUGCAAUCGAUUUACAAUCGCAAACGUGAACUCUUCUAUAGUCUAACGCAGGGCAGAGGAUAUAGCGUUAAUCAAGCGCCCAUCAAACAGGAAAUAGACAGAGACUAUCAUAACCUGGUGUACGAAUUGGCAGGUAAUCUCAGCGUUAUACCAGUGCAACAAUUAAAAAAUUCAACACUACGACGUCAGGUGCAACGUCUGUCGAAGCUGCAACUAUAUGGCCUGGGUAGACGAGACUUUGAACAGGCCAAGGAGUUGUUGCACACCAUGCAAACAUUUAUAACAUCACGUUUGGUGUGUGUGCAACAGGAUUGCAGUCAGCAGUGGGCCAUGGUGCCAACAAUAAUUGGACACAUUGUGCGUACAAGAAACUAUAUGGAUUUGGAAUUUCAAUGGAUUAAAUGGCGACAGGCAUUGUCUGAACGUGAUUUGGGCAAAUCAACAUUUAUCGAUUUUGUGCGAUUGCUGCGUAUUGCCGCCACCUAUAACGGUGAGUAUGAUGUGAUUGCUUCAAGUAAAAGAAAACAAAAACUACUGCAAGAAAUUAAUGCAAAACGUAAAAGGGGUUUUUAAGCUCAAUAGUCUUACUGAUUGUCCUUCGUUACACUUACAACUCAGGCCGUAAAGAAAAGACAUUUAAUUUUUAUCCAUUUGUUAGUUGUUAAGAUAAGAAUGCAAUUAAAUAGGUCAAUUGAUUGGGUUUUUGUUGCACAGCAAAAGGUAUCAAGAUUUUCGUAAUUCACCAACAAAAACUAACAAAACUUAUCUUUGAUUUUUUACUUAAAAUCCAAUUGCUUAUAAAAAGAACAUUGUUACGCAUUAAACAAAACCACAAAGUUUAGAAAUUUAAAAAAAGUGCCACAGAAAUCAGAUUAGAAAUGUUUUGUUAGUUCAACAACAAAAAUUCUACAAAAAUCUGUUUCAAAACAAGAGACUUUUAGUAAAAGAGACAUUUUCUG